AUGGCGACUGCAGCAUCCUCGUCAAGCUCGAUAGAGCUCUGCUCCGUACCACUGCCUCUGCCGCAGUACCAUCUGCUUGAGAUCCCCAACGAGCUGCUCCAUCUUUUCGACCCUUCCGCCAAGAAGAAGGACGACACAUCGGCUUCGGAGCCAGCAGCGAAGAGACGCAAGACCGACAUCACAAGGCUCACCAUCAAAGGACGAUACGAUGAUCAAGCUGUACUCGUGACAGACACUCAGACGUUGGCGCUGCGAGCUGUCUCGCAAUCCAACUCUCUAUUGCUGUGCAGCAUCGAUGCGGCGCCUUCGACUGCAGAGGGCGAGGCAGGACCGUCCAAGCCAGCGUUGUAUCUGCAAAGCAACGUAACGGACACAUUGGAGCUGGCGCCUGUUGUGCCACGGCUGGACCGCUUGUUGGGUCUACUCAAGCCGUCACAGUACGACGGCGAAGAGGAGCGAGGAUCAGCAAAGCCAGUGAAGAAGUACACGCUGAAGCAGCUCAAGAGCAUCGUUCAAGCGAGCCCUGCCGAGCUCGAAGCGGGCCUGAUCAAGAAUCAUGUCAUUGAAAUGGACGGCUGCAUGCGACACAUUUCACCAGCAUGGACCGUCUCAGCACUACAGAUCCUCAUCUCGCACCUCGACCUGCACGCGCUCAUCUCGGACUCUGUUCCGCUCCAAGAAACCGUCGAGGCUUUAGCAACCGUCCACGAGCUAAAUCGUCAAGUGGUCACCGCACUGCUCACUCAGUUCUUCGGCACCCUCACCGGCGAGACCGUGGCGCUGGACACAAAGUCCAUCGUCCACUUUCUCGGCGUGCAAUCCCUCAAGACGGCGCGCAUCGGUGUGCCGCUCACCACCUUCAUGCGUGACUGGCACGCAGCCUGUCUCUCACCCGACUUUCGCGCGCUUGCCUCGCUGGACCUGCUAUCGGGGUACUACAUCCUCACUCCCUCUCCUGCGCCCGGUGUGUCGCUCUACCCCAACCCUGCGUCGACGCAGAUCCAGUUCUUCUCGCGCCACGAACUACCCGUAGACCCAGCGGCGCGGUUUCAGGAUCUGUUCCUCACACGACCCAGCUGGAUCGCGGCAGAUCUCACGCCGUUCAUCCAGGACCUGGCGCUGAACGACAAGAAGAAGGACGCACUGCUGCUCAAAUUCGCUAGAGCGAGCAAGGCCAAGGUGCUCGACUGGGAGUUGAGUGAGGAGGAGAAGAGGAUGUGGAACAAGGAUAAACGGGUGGUGGGGCCAGAUGGGAAGGCGAAGAAUGUUUGGAGGGAUGUGGUGAUGUAUUCGGCGAGGGUCAAGUACUAG